AUGGCUGCCCACCUAGCACCGCGGUCCUACGGGCCAAAUGUCACCUACAUCUACGAAUACUCCAGAGGCCUAGGUGGUGUCAACAUCCCUCUCGACGUCCUGUUUACUCGCAUUAUCUACACCUCGGUCGUUCUCCUCGCGCUGAGCGUCUUCUGUGGCCGCAUCGCCCAAAUCAGCCAUGCCUAUCUUCGCCAGGUUACCUCGUCGGCGGCUGACAGGCGCCAACAGACAUUCUGGAGCCAGGAGCAGUCUACUUUGUGGGCAAAAGCGAAGAAACAUCUGCUAUACGCGCCGCUGGGCAAGAAGAGACAUAACCGCGAAAUCCAGCUUUCGUCAGCUAUCAGCAUGGGCACGUUGCCAUCCCGAUUCCAGGCAAUUUUGGUCAUAUUCUAUCUAAUCAGUCAGCUGGCAUAUUGUUUUUAUCUUGACUACAGAGUCAACGUCAAGGCAGCACUGGUUGCCGAGCUUCGUGGCCGGUCUGGAACGUUGGCCGUCUUGAACAUGGUGCCUCUUUUCCUUCUGGCUGGUCGCAACAACCCUUUGAUUUCUCUCUUGCAUAUCAGUUUCGACACCUACAAUCUUCUGCACCGCUGGCUGGGCCGGAUUAUUGUGCUCGAAGUCAUCAUCCACACGACUGCCUGGGCUAUCAACGCCUCCGAUGAGCAGAGUUUCGCUGACAUGCUCAUGCGCCUGCGAGAUACGCCGUUCUUUAGCUGGGGCCUGGUGGGAACAAUUUCGGUGGUCUUUAUGUCAAUGCAUUCUCUAUCACCUAUCCGCCAUGCAUUCUACGAAACUUUCUUGCAUCUGCAUCAGCUAUUGGCGUUUCUGGCUUUUCUCGGCGUCUAUUUCCAUUUGAAUCUGGACAGCCUGCCACAGAAGUAUUGGGCCAAUAUCAUUGCGGCCAUCUGGAUAUUCGAACGAAGCGCCCGAUUCCUUCGACUAAUCCACCUCAACAUGUCUCCUACAAACGGCUUCACCAAUAUGAUUGUCGAAGCUCUCCCUGGCGAAGCAUGCCGAGUAACCUUCCACCUCCCCAAAUUAGUGCAGGUCAAACCCGGCUGCCAUGUCUAUGCCUACAUCCCGCGACUAUCGUGGUGGAUGUCCCACCCAUUCUCCAUCGCCUGGACAGAACCAAACACCAAGAAAGCGCUAUCUCCAGAAUACAAAGAUAUCAGCCCAUCAGCACUAGAAAAACAGUCAUUCCAUUCAACACCCAGCUCCCGACACACCCAAAUAGCCCUCAUCGUCAGCGCCCGCCAAGGCAUGACCCGCAAGCUCUACAACCUAGCCAACGCCUCCCCCAACCAAACCAUCCGCAUGACAGGCUUCCUCGAAGGGCCGUACGGCUCCCACCCAGCCAACACAACCAGUUACGGCACGACAGUGCUCUUCUCCGCCGGCGCCGGAAUAACCCACCACCUGCAAUACACCCGCGACCUCAUCCAACGCGCCGCAGAUUCCCGCGCCGCGACACGCAAAAUCUACCUCAUCUGGUCAAUCCGCUCAACAGACCAUUUGGAAUGGAUCCGUCCAUACAUGGACCAAAUCCUGCGGCUGCCGAUGCGGCGCGAGAUUUUGGUUGUCAAGCUGUUCGUCUCGAAACCGCGUCGCGCUGCCGAUAUUGUGUCUCCGUCUGCGUCGGUGCAGAUGCUUUCUGGACGCUGUCGUCCCGGUGUUGUUCUUGACGAAGUGCUUCUUGUGCAUGUGGGUGCUACCCUUGUUUCGGUUUGUGGACCCGGUGCAUUUGCGGAUGAGGUUCGGGAUGCAGCGAGGGACAGGAUUGGACGAGGCGCUGUGAUAGAUUUUGUGGAGGAGGCCUUUACGUGGUAG